AAAAUAACGCGCUCAAUAUCCUUCCCAUUGAUAUAUCAACUACUCUACUCAUAGAUAAUAACCUGAAGUCAUAUUAAAAUCAUUACAUUAAACCAUGGGCCGCUUCCAGAUUUUAUUACUCAUUUAUUUCCUUUUCGCACCUUCAUGGGCAGCUGAUAUAUGCAGCACCAAUGCGGUCUUCUCUUCGAUCCCGUAUUUCAAAACUCCGGAAUCGAGCCUCAGUCUUGCAUCGUCAUGUGGUGCGCAUUGCAGUAGCGAUGAGAAAUGCGCCAGUUAUGCGAUAGGCGAAGGCCUGUGUCUACACUUUAAAGAAGCAGUGGAAAAAAUAACGACAACUGCUUCUCUGAGCCCUAUUGAGUUUUUUGAUAAGGGCUGCCAUUCAUCCAAGUACAGCGACGCCGAGAAAUUUGUUUUGAAUAAAACAUCUAUCGCAAACGACGCUAGAAGCAUUUUCAUGACGCCAAGUGUUCUAAUCACCAAUAGUAGUUUUUCUCCUUUGGUGGAGGCUAGUUUUCUACUAGACGAUAAAACUCCUGCUACUACGCAGAAGUAUGCAGAUGAGCCUCUCCUGACGGUGGUAGCUCGGGAUUCACAGAAGGCACGGAGUGUCCAUGCAGCCGACUUCUACGAUUCGACGUGCAUUCUAGAUCCUAGCAAGCCCGAAGAAAAGUUCAACAUCCUCGGAUCUAACUUCAUACCUCUCAUUAACCAAGACGGCAACACGUUGCGACCUCUCCCCGCACCAACAUCGGAAGCCGAAGCCAAUGCCAUGGGACCACCAUGGGAAUAUGCGCUACCCGAAUUUUUCUUCCAGAAGCCUGAAAAUGCCGAGGGUGAGAUCUACGACAUUGUGCUUACGGGUGCUACCCCCCAAUAUGUGGCUAAGACUGCUGAGGGUGCUGUCGUGCUGACCGAUGCCUCCACCGGAACAACGCCGGUAAACCGAAACGGUCAAGAUAUCAUCACGAGCAUAUUCGGGGUGGAUUGUAAAGGCCGCAUUACCGUGACACAAGAUGGGUCGCGGUACACAUGGGACGUAUCUGCUGGCGGUGGUUCAACGGCAUUUACGGCCGGCUUAGACGCAUCAAAUCGGUCUAUGGUCGCAUACCCAUUAAAGAUGCGCCCCAAGAACAGGGGAAGUUCUAGGCGAAGCCAAUAUACCGAAGGUGCGGCUCCUCGCUGCCCAAACAAUCCGCCCGGUCUUGUGUCAAGGGUCUUUCCCGGCGCCCGUCCACUUGAACCCAACGGAUGCGGAACACCUAGUACCAUUCACCUGAUACCGGAUCUCACAUUUGGUGACUGUUGUAAUGACCAUGAUAAUUGCUACGACAACUGUGAGGAUUCGUGGGAAUCAUGUAACAAUAAGUUUCAUAAAUGCAUGCGAGGGCCUGGUUGCGAGUACUUUAAUCAUUGGUAUUCUUACUUGGUUUACGUUAUAUGCUUAAACAUCGCCGAUUUCUACGCUUGGGUUGUUAGUCAAGAGCCCGGCCGCCAAGCCUUUAUCUCUUCUACUCACGACCGGUGUGGAUGUUACUGUCCCGAGUCAGCGGGCUUAUGCGGUCGAGCAGAUAGAGAUAAUAAGUGCAUUUCUAUGUUCGGAUCGGAUGUGAGAAAUUGCGGUGCAUGCGGAAAAGAGUGCCCUUCAAAAGCGAUAUGUAACUCCGGCAACUGUACAUGUCCUGCUGAUGAAUGCGACGGCCAAUGCAUCUCCCUCCAGACUAAUCCGAAUAACUGCGGCACUUGUGGUAAUAAGUGUAGCACAGGAUACUGUCUUGACGGCCAAUGCACCGAUCCUCCCACAGACAAAUGUGCACCAUUACAGGCCUUCCCGAACGGCGACUUCUCCAACGGCGGAGAGGGAUGGAGAACCUGCGAGAUACCUGGCUGUGGUGGAUACGUCGACUUCAGUGGUCAAACGGCGUAUAUUAAUAUGCUUAACAUGCCUGGAGAUGUCAGCUUGGACUUGAAAACGGAAGUAAACCUUUGUCCUCGACAGGCAUACGACUUAUCCUUUACCUUGGGUCUAUUGUCAGGGGGCGGUACCUGCCAAUUCAAGUAUACGUUUGGCAGCCAGGACUGGUCUAUCGGUUACAAUUUCCCUAAAGUAAACUCCAACUCUAGUAUGGGACCGUUUGACAUUCCUGCCCAGGGUUUGGAAGAUGGGGAUGGGUCGGAUACGUCGAUCUUUCGUAUGGAGUUCACGGCGCUUAUAAGUUGUGUAGGUGGCCCUGUGGAGAUUAUAGUGGACGAUUUCAAUCUAGUUCCAUCACAUUGA